CCGGACGCCUCGCAAUGCCGGAUGGGUGCGAGAUGCCCGAGGGUAAUGGGGUUCCCCGGAAGAUGAUGGCAGCAUGAAAUUGUAUUGAUUGUGACUUCGGUAUUCCUGAAUCAAACUAUUGGUCAAUUGUUAGGAAAAGUUAUUACUUAUAUUGAUCAACCAAGUAUUUUGAAAAGGUUCUCGGGUAACUUGUGGUGUAUGUGAUUCACGAAACUUUCUAUUGAGACUAUCUUUGUCAUACGGUAAUCGGUUUGUGUGGUAUAGACCGGUGGACAUUCUACUUGCUAGGUUGUGACUCAUUGGUUGUUGACUUCAUCCUUUCAGAUCAUUAGAAUGUCAAUCUCACCUGCCUCCCGAUGAUUUGUUACGGGGUGCCGGUGAACUUCACUAAGGAGGAGGGAACAAGAUUUUUGGAGCUUAGAAGAUUUUGAGGACAUUAGGAGCCACUGUUAGAUGACACUUGUACAGCUAGAGCUCUUGCUAUUGAGGAUUCGCCGCUGUACUAUGUUUUCUCGGGUGCCAUUGAGGAGCUCAUUGCGGUUCAUUCACCAAGUCCUAGAAAAUCAACGGCUGAGGAGCUAUUCUUCCUAUAGGAAAUGGCAAUCUGGUGAUGCAAGGAAUGGAGAGACAUUGCUGGGAAAUCAUGCAGGGUCAUUCGUUUCUUCAGGAGUUUUGAUUGCCGGGUCAUGCAUUGGGUUUUGCUAUUGGGUUUCAAGUUCCUCAGAGACUAGCCCUCUUUUGUCUUUCGCGAAUUGUCCCAAAGAGACAUGGCCUUCCAGCGACGAUCUCCAAGCUUCAACAAGAGGAAAGAAAAGCAACUUCCUCGUUGGAGAUGCAUACAGAAGAAGAAUCUUCUUUAAUUAUGAGAGGCGGAUCCGGUUGCAGAGCCCCCCUGAAAAGGUUUUUGAUUACUUUUCAUCAGUCCGGAGGCCUUCAGGAGAGGUUCUCAUGACACCAGCGGACUUGAUGCGAGCAGUUGUGCCGGUGUUUCCUCCAUCCGAAUCGGAUCGUGUUAGAGAGGGAUAUUUGAGAGGAGAGAGGAUCCCUGGCGACUUAUAUUGUCCUCCUUCGAAAUUUUUUAUGCUCUUCGACAUGAACAAUGAUGGACUUAUUUCAUUUCCAGAGUACAUCUUUUUCGUCACACUGCUCAGUAUCCCCGAGUCGAGUUUUGAGGUGGCAUUCAAAAUGUUUGAUCUGGACAACAAUGGCGAAAUAGACCAGGAAGAAUUCAGGAAGGUGAUGGCUCUAAUGCGAUCCCAAAGCAGACAAGGGACUCAGCACAGGGACGGCAAGAGAGUGGGGCUAAAAGUCAAGGAUUCGGUGGAGGAAGGCGGUCUGCUGGAGUACUUCUUCGGCAAGGACGGCCAGGAAAAGCUAAAACAUGGACGAUUUGUCCAGUUUCUGAAAGACUUGCAUGACGAAAUCUUGCGUUUAGAGUUUUCACAUUACGACACUAGAUCAGUGGGGACGAUAUCAGCAAAAGAUUUCGCCUUGUCCUUGGUUGCAUCCGCUGACAUGUGCCACUUAAACAAGUUGCUUGACCGAGUAGAUGAAAUAGACGGGGAACCGUCACUCAGGGACCUGAGGAUCUCCUUCCAGGAAUUCAAGGAUUUCGCAGAGCUACGUAAAAUGUUGCAGUCAUUUUCGCUUGCCAUUUUCAGUUAUGGGAAAGUAAAAGGACUGCUCACCAAAAGGGAUUUCCAGAGGGCGGCUUCCCAGGUGUGUGGCAUUUCCAUUACAAGCAACGUGGUGGACAUAAUAUUCCACUUGUUCGAUGCUAACCGCGAUGGAAAUUUAAGCUCGAAGGAGUUUAUUCGAGCGGUACAAAGAUGCGAAAGCAAUGGAGCGCAGGCAGAGAGGCCGGUGUCAAGGGUCUGAUUUCUUGCUGGAGCAGUUGUGCAUCUAGUUGUAAUUCCUCAAAACUUCUUUUGUAGUGACUCAUACUGAAUCACGGCUCGAGUUCCCAAAGCUAUCAGUAUGAGCCGGACAGAUCUUUGCUCGCUCUCUCUCGCCAUCGCUUGCAGUUCAAAGAUGUGAUCAUCAGCUUUGCUGAAAGCCUAGGUUCCCAAAACCAAGAAAAAUUCCUCCUCUUGUUCUGGUCAUAAUGCAUAGAUUUGAAGUGUCAUCUUUCCACUCCACGUAUGAGAUUGUUUUCAUUCACAAAAUUGGUGCAGUUUCAAAAUUUA